GUGAACCAGGAGAAAGAGGAGAAAGAGGAUUUCCAGGCAGAGGACCAAAAGGUUACCCUGGACCAAGAGGUCUUCCAGGCGAACCAGGCAAACCCAGCUAUGGCAGUGAUGGCCGUGACGGAGAGCGAGGUCCCCCUGGAGUGGCCGGUCAGCCUGGGGUUCCUGGUCCUCCUGGCCCUCCCGGCCCUCCUGGCUACUGCGAGCCAUCGUCUUGCAGAAUGGAGGCUGGACAGAGAGCUGAUAAGAACAUGAAAGGGCCAUGA